AUCAACUUUUGCUCACUUUGCAUUUCGGAUAGAUGGCGCCGCUUUUCCUCAAAACAUUAUAAGUUGGACACGAAAAAAUAUGUCUUUGAUGGAUGGAACAUUAGUGCAGUUUAUCACAGCACUAUUUACAAUGAAAAAAUCGAGUCUAGUUCAUAUGCCGCUCGUGUAAACAUCAUUUAGGCAUCAGCAAACAUCAGCGCAUCGGGUGGACGGGCGGACUGCAGCAUCCACCUGAAUCUCCUCCUCAGCCUCCGCCUCUCUGAGAGGUUAUUACAUCCGACCGGAGACCGGAGGCUAUGGCAGCCGAUGGAGGAUGCGGGGAAUCGGUGGAUCAUUACCGGGCCGAGGUGGAGAGGCUGACCCGAGAGCUCGCAGAGGCGAACCGGGAGAAGAUCCGGGCUGCGGAAUGCGGUCUGGUGGUGCUGGAGGAGAACCAGACGCUCAAGCAGCAGUACGCCGAGCUCGAGACCGAGCAGGAGGCUCUCAAACAGGAGUUAGAGCAGCUGCAGGAGGCGUUCGGUCAGGCGUACACCAACCAGCGUAAAGUCGCCGAGGAUGGUGAGACAAACGAAGAGACGCUGCUGCAGGAAUCUGCCUCCAAAGAGGCCUAUUACAUGGGACGUCUGGUGGACCUUCAAACCCAGCUCAACGUGAGCAGCUCUGUGGCCUCCAAUGCCCAAGCGGAGGCCGAACGUCUCAAUGCCCUAGUGCAGGAACUCAGAGAGAAUAAUGAGAUGUUAGAGCUACAGAGGAACAGGAUGAGAGAGGAAAUCAGAGAGUAUAAGUUCAGAGAGACCAGACUGCUGCAGGACUACACUGAACUGGAGGAGGAGAACAUCACCCUACAGAAACUAGUGUCAACACUCAAACAGAAUCAGGUGGAAUAUGAGGGUCUAAAGCAUGAAAUCAAAGUGCUUGAGGAAGAGACAGUGCUACUCAACAGCCAGCUGGAAGACGCUUUGCGUUUGAAAGACAUUUCUGAAGGCCAGUUAGAAGAGGCGUUGGAUGCUCUGAAGAGUGAGAGAGAGCAGAAGAACAAUCUGAGAAAGGAGCUGGCCCAUCAUCUCAGCCUGACGGACAGUGUGUACGGAGCCAGCACUCACCUGGCCAUCUCUGCCGUGGAGGGUUUGAAGUUAGCAGAGGAGGCAGCGACCAAUGGCACGUCUGCAUCUGGGUCCAGCCCCAACAAUGAGGACCGUAACCGCUGUAAUGAGUGCAAUGGGCAUGGACCAAAGGUGAACGGAGAAUAUCACCGCCUGGGAGGCAGGAAGGGAGAGGUGCUGCACCCAGUGUCUGAUCUCUUCAGCGAACUCAGCCUGUCUGAGAUACAGAAACUCAAACAACAGCUUCUACAGGUUGAGCGAGAGAAGGCAGUUCUACUUUCCAACCUGCAGGAGUCUCAAACUCAACUGCAGCACACGCAGGGAGCUUUAACUGAGCAGCACAAACGCGUUCACCGCCUUACGGAGCGCUUCAACGCUAUGAAGCACCUCUACAGUGACAAGGAGUUUGAUACGGAGGAGUCAGAGAAGAACGACGUGCCCAUUAACGGUUGCUGCGAUUAUGAGGCAGACAUCAAUGGAAUGGAGCUUCUGGAGUGCAAAUACAGAGUUGCCGUGACUGAGGUUAUUUACUUGAAGGCAGAGCUUAAGGCUUUGAAGGAAAAAUAUAACCAGUCUUUGGAGAACCAAUCAGAAGAAAGCAACCACAGUGAAGGGAAGGUCCAGGCUCUCGAAGAGCAGGUGAAACUGUUGGAGAAAGCCUGCCGUGAGGGCCGCGAGCGGGUUAGCAGUCUGGAAGUGGAGCUCCGGUGUGCUUCCGUUAUGGCUAGUGAAAGUAACGGCAUGCUGAACACAGCUCAGGACGAGCUGGUUACGUUUAGUGAGGAACUUGCUCAGCUCUACCACCAUGUCUGCUUGUGCAACAACGAAACGCCGAACCGAGUCAUGCUGGACUACUACCGUCAGAGCCGGGUUACACGUAGCGGCAGUCUCAAAGGCCCAGAGGACCCAAGAGCACUGCUUUCUCCACGUUUAGCUCGCCGUAUCGCGGCUGCUAACUCCUCAGACAUGUCCAAGAGUCCUCAAGACUCUCCAUCAAAGGAACCCCUUGGAGAAGGAACUAAAGGGGAAGGAAGAAGUCCCAACAAAACCCCCUUUGGUUCACCAAUCAAUGGUUCAUCUCUCUCACCCUCCCCAGUUCCAGAAACAGGUGAUCUCCGCCGGGAACCCAUGAACAUCUAUAACCUCAACGCCAUCAUCCGUGACCAGAUCAAGCACCUGCAGAAGGCUGUGGACCGCUCGCUGCAGCUCUCCAGGCAGAGGGCUGCAGCACGAGAGUUGGCACCCAUCCUAGAUAAGGACAAAGAGGUCUGCAUGGAGGAGAUCCUGAAACUCAAAUCCCUCUUGAGCACCAAGAGAGAGCAGAUCGCCACAUUGCGUCUAGUCCUGAAAGCCAACAAACAGACUGCCGAGGUGGCCCUUGCGAACCUGAAGAGCAAAUAUGAAAAUGAGAAAUCCAUGGUGACGGAGACAAUGAUGAAGCUUAGAAAUGAACUGAAGGCCCUCAAAGAAGACGCAGCCACCUUUUCCUCACUGAGGGCAAUGUUUGCCACAAGAUGUGAUGAGUACGUAACUCAGCUGGAUGAGAUGCAGAGGCAGCUGGCUGCCGCAGAAGAUGAAAAGAAGACUCUGAACUCCCUCCUGCGAAUGGCUAUUCAGCAGAAACUGUCCCUCACCCAACGCCUGGAAGACUUAGAGUUUGACCACGAGCAGUCACAUUGUGGCCGUGGAGGAAAAGUGCCAAAAAUAAAGAGCAGCCCUCAAAAAGUAAGUCAUCAAACUGCACUCACUGCUCCCCCUAGUCCCACUGCAUCGGUUUCAAAACCCCCUUCCUGUCUAUUCCAAAACAAUAUGGUUGCAUCAGCCAGUAGCUCUCCUUCACUGGAUGUCCAUUCUCCAUCCUCCUCCUCCUGGACCUCCUCAGCCCAGCCGUUUUUCUUCGGCCAGUCGCAGUGGAAACUGGGCACUCAGACUUUAGUUUUAGACCCAGAGACGCUAAGUAUUGAGUUUUGUCAUGUUGUUCAUAGCGGAGACUCUGAUGCUCACAUUCCCAGAUCUGCUCCUACUUCCCCCUACCGUUCUCCUGUCCUGGGCUCUCGGCAGCCGUUGCCACGUUCUGUGAGAUCUCGCAUGCGCUCCAGUGUGACUCAGUUCAUGCCUUCGGCCGCUUCAAGGACCUCUCUAGUCCAGCCUGGGACUCCCAGAAUCCCUAAUGACCCUAGUGACCCUCAGUAGGUGACACGGUUUAAGGACAGACUGGUUUCCAUCUGAUAUGACUGCUUGGAGCAUAUGAUUCAACUCAGGGAUAGAUUUAGAGACUUUUUUAUUGAUACUACUUUAAAUUUCAACUAAUUCAUUCUGAACAGAAUUAUGUUUU